UCCACAAUGGAGAGAGAAUGACAAAAGAUAUCUACGGGCUUCGAGAUUCGAAAACAUUUACCUGACUUUUACAAAGGGAUUUCAUUUGAGUUCCCGAUCGCAAAACCGCCCAUGGACCGAUGUGUGGACUAAUAAUCAACAGCCUUUCAAACAAUCUUCGCUAGUCAAACAACCCUCUGAUUAACAUCGAAGUUAACUGAAAGAUCGUUUCUUUGGAAGAAGGCUUUAGGAUUUUUGAUAUUGCUACCAAACGUGAUCGACGAUGAAUAUAGAAUACAUCCAUAUGAAAGACAGUCAAUUGGACAGGCAUGAGAGGGUUUUCACUCGAUGGAUCAAUCUUCAUUUAGCAAAUGCGAAUCCUCCAGUAAAAGUCACUGAUCUCGUCAAUGAAUCGAAAGAUGGGCACGUUUUACUCACACUUGUUGAAGUACUUCUUGGAGUAAGAGUUUUAAGAGACACGAGAACCAGCCGCAUAGCUAACAUUAAAAAUGUCCAAGAGGCUAUGGGAUACUUGACAAGAAACAAGGUCCGAACGGGUAGUGUAAUCGCCAGUGAGAUCGUGUCAGGUGUUCAGCGGGCCACGUUAAGCUUGGUGUGGAGUAUCAUCUUUCAUUUUCAGGUACUCGAGGCGAUGCAACCCUCUCAAACAGAUUAUGGAGUCAGUCAAAAGCUUCUAGCAUGGUGUCAGAAUCAGUUGAAAGGAUACAGAGGUAAAGUAGAAGUGACAAACUUAACUACGAGCUGGAUGGAUGGUUUAGCAUUUAAUGCACUGCUUCACUCUUUCAAUCCAUCUCACUUUAAUUUUGAUGCAAUAUCAAGUGACGGGGAUAAACGUCUUGUACAUGCCCUUAGCCUGGCGACAAAAGAAUAUGGAGUGCCUCCUAUUUUUGACUUAGAAGAUUUUGGAGUCGAAACACCAGAUAAAAAUAUGAUUUCGCUUUUCUUAUCAUAUUUGUAUCAAUUCACGAGGAGAGGAGCUCUAUCGGUCGAGAGUUUUGAAACAGUCAAGAAACAAACAUCAUCAGAAAUAAAAAUGGAAUACAAAGUACAGACCGUUUCCUCACAGUAUGAAACGUCGAGUUCACGUGCUACAACUUAUGAUGUCCAAACAACAACCACAACUCAACAGGGAAAGAAUGAGACUGUCUUUUAUGAAAACCAGUCUGCGGGAAAUGAACGAGUUCUUCAUUUGACUGGUUUCCCUUCAUCAAUUCAGAUACAAGAGCGAAGAGGUUUUGUUGUGUCGCCGUUUGGAAACCUCUCGGGUAGUUCCUCCAGAAAUUCAUCGAGAACCACAAGUCCUGAAUUAAAGGAGCUUAAAGACGAACCUUUAACGUUCACAUCAUCACCUCAAAUGUCAUGGAAUGAAUCAUACGAGUACAAGGUUGCCACCCAUAGUAUUACAUCAGAUAGUCAUGUGACAUCCACCACCAGCACCAAGAUGUCAUCUUCUAAAAGUAGUGAAGACUAUUCUACGAGACUGGUUGAGUUUACAAGCACGGAUCAGGAUGGUCAAACAAAUGAAAAAGAUAAAAACCAAAAAGAGGUAGAGCCUGACGAUAGCAAUAGCGACUCGGAAAUGCUGAUAAGGUACACAGUGGAGAAAAAGAUAGAGCAAGGUCCAACCGUGGAUGUAGAAAUUGAAGAGACUGAAGAGACAGUUAUUGAUGGAACGGUGGAAAAGGCAAUGAACGAGGCAGAGGAUGAUCGAAAAAGAAAGCAAAAUGCCGAAAAGGACGCCGAAAUUGAAACGAAAGAAGAUGGUGGUGCUGAAGAGGGAGAAGCCCAUCCUGAGAAAGAAAUUAAGGAAGACGAGUUCCAUGAGGACGCAAAACAAGCGGAUAGUAGAACAAACAAAACCAGGAAGAUUUUGCUGGUAUCCACUGCGCGUAUCUCUGGUGAAAAAAAUCCAAAGAAAACAGAACCCAACGAACGGGCUUCUUGGCUAUCCGUUAGCACUGACGAUGAGGGCGAUCAACCUGACAGCCUGGUUCAUUAUUUUAGACACAGCAGAGAUGAUCACGAGUCCAGUCCUCCCAGAUACCUGACCCAAAUUCAGAUCAAUUUAGGAGGACAAAGAGAAAAUAAUGCCGGCUCCCCAGCUGGCACAAUCAACUUUGUGGAUUACCUGAAGAGGAAAUUAGACGCCGUUGAUCGAGAUUUGUUUGACAUUGAGUAUGGUGCAAAACAGUCGGACAAGGAAUCGAUGGACUUACAGUCAACAAAAAAAGCUUUGGACCAACACAAGGACGCUCUGCUUGAGUUGGAAUCGGUUGAAGCCCAUACUUAUGAUGCACUAGAAGAGGGAAAGAAUCUGGUCAACGAAAAGUGCUUUGAUAGCUCGCAUGAAGAAUACUUCAGCGAUAGAAUGGAGGCAACAGAAAGAAAACUGAGGAGGAUAGAGGACGUCGUAAACAAGGAGCAUCAAAGGUUGUUCGACCUGUAUGUAAUUUUGCUCAAACAACACUUGGAGCGGAUGAAUGAUUGGCUUGUCCGUGCCGAGUCCCGAAUGGCAUUAGAUGAUGACGUCGAGCCAACUUACGAAGGAGUGAACUCUCAAAUCAUCAAUCAUAAGACAUUCCAGGAAGACUUGUCCAAUCAUUCCAUGGUGAAUAUGAUACUUGAUAUGGAUUUGGAAGAUCCUGCUAUAGAUGAAACCAUCCGGGACUGGGUCAGAGUCCUAAGUGAACGUUGGGCGGCAGUGUGGACGUGGGCAGAAGAAUGGAAAAAGAAGCUUAACAAAGCCCUUAUGGACUGGAAUAAACUUCGUGAGGAAGAGACUGUUUUACUGUCGUGGCUGUCAAGUAAAGAACAAACUAUGGAUGUCAUUAGCCAAACGGACAUCACAGAUGAGGAACAAGUGAAAAUGCACUUGAAUUUGCUGGAGACAUUAGAGCGCGAAAUGGAGGCACAAGGCACACGUCUGGAAUCUCUCCAUCAGAUUGGAGAGGAACUUAUUAAAGAUGCUGACUAUCACAAUUCAACUGCUAAAGCUAUCUGGGACCAGUUGGAAGACUUUGAUGAAUGCUGGACAGGCAUUAGUAACUCAGUCAAGGAGAGGAAAGUAGUGCUUCAAGACGCCCAAAGUAAGGUGAAACGGAUGGGGGAUUUGAUGAAAGAAGUUCGAACCUGGAUGGACGAGGCAGAAAAGCUUAUCAAAUAUAUACGAUUACAAAGUGACCCAGAAAAGGAAAACAAAAUUCAAGAAAAGAUAGAGCUCAAAUGCGAGGAAAAAGACAGAAAUCAGCUAAAAGUCGACGAGAUCAAUCGACUGGAGGAAGACCUAAGCUCAAAUAUCGACAAGAGGUCCAACUACUACUUGAAAAAAGUCACCAAACCAUUCAACAAGCGUUGGGAUGACACAAGAAUUGCCCUGGACAGAUAUCGUAAUGACGACUACCCGUUUGUCAAGCCAGAUGACUGCUUCCUUGUGAAAUGUUUAAAGAAAGCCCUCGUAGUUAAUUGAAGUGCUUAACUUUCAAGGCAAUGAUAAGGCAUAAUGUACGACGCUUUAAGUACCAGCUCUCUGUCAAAAUAGCCAGGCUUAAUUAACAGCAAUCGCAUAAGUAACCUAUUGAAAAGAUGGAUUUGAACCCUUUCAUAACAGGGGAGGGUAGAAAACCUAGAUUUUUUUAUUUCAAAAGGGACAAAGUUUCCGACUUAAAUCAGUUAAAAGAGACCUCAAUACAUCAACAAUCCGUUGCCGAAAAUGCAAGUUGGCUCAGUCGGUUGAAGCUUUAGUUAAUAUCAAGGUUCAACAAAACCAUAGAAACGAUUAAAAAUGCUAUUCUAGCUGUUCAGAAAACUUAGGCUCUUCCUUUAUUAGGAAUUGCAAAUUAUAGCUAUUCUUCAUUUGGCUAAGAACUUGGAAUUUAAAACUGACGAGCUUUAAGUUACGAUGAUAGUUAGCUUUUAUCGUCAAAAAUGUUUAAAGUUUAAUGUUCCAACCUGUUUAGCAAAGCAAAGCUUCCAGUCACUAUAUAUACCAAUAACAGGAACGUUUGAAAUUAUUAAAUAUACACUGAUUUGGUCGUUAACAUGUUGGUGAGUAGAAAAUAAAAGCGCAUUUACUACGCACUAAAAGCUAAAUGGGAGAAAUACUCAAGUUUGUUAAAGAAGCUAGCCGAGAGAAAAUAAAUUAGAAGAUAACCAUA